AUGUUGAAAAAUCUAGCAAUAAGGAGUUUUGGAUAAAAAUUAUCAGCUAUCACACCCAGAGCUACCAAACUAUUGAUUAAUGGCUAGUUAGUAAACUCGUCAAGUGGAGAAACACUUGCCACUUACAAUCCAGCAACAGAAGAGAAGAUUUGUGAUGUAUAAAAGGCUUGCCAGCAAGAUGUUGAAAAUGCUGUUCAAGCAGCUAGGAAUGCAUUUGAAAAUGGCUCAUGGAGAAGGAUCUCAGCUUAUGAGAGAAGUAGAUAUAUCAACAAACUGGCUGAUUUGAUAGAGUAAAAUCUUGAUGAACUUAUUAUUCUUGAAUCUAUGGAUAAUGGCAAGCCAGUUUCAAUGGCAAGAGCUCUUGAUUUCGGAGGCGUGCUCAACACAUUCAGAUACUAUGCAGGUAUUGCAGAUAAAAUUCAUGGCUCAACAAUUCCAAUCACUGGUAGAUACAAUUGCUAUACUAGGUAAGAACCUGUUGGAGUAUGUGCUUCAAUCAUCCCAUGGAAUUUCCCAGCUCUCAUGCUUGCAUGGAAACUUGCACCAGCCCUAGCAGCUGGGUGCACAGUUGUCCUCAAGCCUGCUGAGCAAACUCCAUUGACAGCCCUUAGAAUCGGUGAAUUGAUCCUUGAGGCUGGAUUACCCGAAGGAGUAGUUAAUAUUGUUGUUGGUGAUGGACCAUCAGUUGGAAGAUAAUUAGCUUAACAUCACUUAGUUGAUAAAGUAGCAUUCACUGGCUCAACAGAGGUUGGAUAUGAGAUAAUGAGAAGUUCUCAUGUAAACAAUCUUAAGAGAAUCACAUUAGAGUUGGGAGGAAAAUCACCUGUAAUCAUAAAUGAGGAUGCUGAUAUUGAUAAUGCUGUUGCUAUCACUUAAUUUUCCACCUUUGGUAACUCUGGAUAAUCUUGUGUUGCUGGAUAAAGAGUCUUUGUUCACGAAAAGAUCUACGAUGAAUUUCUAAAGAGAGCAGUUUAAGCAUGCCAAAGUCAAAAGGUAGGAGAUCCUUUGGAUGUUGAUACAGAAUAUGGGCCAGUUAUUGAUAAUGAAUAAUUCACGAAGAUCAUGAAGCAUAUUGAAACAGCUUAAAAGGAGGGUGGCAAAUUGUUAACUGGCGGAAAGAGAAUAGGGAAUAAAGGGUUCUUUAUUGAGCCAGCAUUAUUUGCUGAUUUGAAUGAUGAUAUGACUAUUGUGAAGGAGGAGGUAUUUGGGCCAGUCUAGCAGGUUCUUAAAUUCAAGACUCUUGAUGAAGCUAUUUAGAGAGCAAAUAAUACUAAUUAUGGUCUAGGAGCUGGUAUUAUCAGUUAAGACUGUGAUGUCAUAAACAAGUUUAUCGAUAAUGUGAAGGCUGGUUCAAUCUAUGCUAAUUGCUAUGAUGCAAAUGAUGCUUCAACACCAUUCGGCGGAUUCAAAGAUUCUGGAAUUGGAAGAGAAUUAGGUGAAAGGGGUAUUUCUUAAUAUCUUGAGACUAAGACUGUCAUCAUGAAGAAGAAAUUGAAGUGA